CCAGCUUCUUCGCAGCGACUGUCGCCAGACACUUGCGCGCCGACUUCUCCUGGUACAGGAUCACAUCGCCACACGACACGAUUCGAAAUAACUGAUUCCUGUACAACACACCUCCCAAGGCAUCGGGAUGGAGGCGCACUGACGCGCAGCCGAAGAACGAGCACGAGAAAGCGUACCCAUUGGAACUCCAUCCAAAUUGAUUAUUCAGUAUUCACCGACUUGCUGAGAAAUGGAGUCUACCACCGCGAUUGGGCUGAGUCGGGAAGCGCGCAGCAUACAUGCGGGGCUCAAAGUACUGUUGGGGCGGGACGUCUGGGCGCCGGCGAAUUUCAGGGAGGCGGAGUUUCAGCGGAAGAAUCUGCGGCGCCGAUACGUCCACCUACUCCUUCUGCACGGGCAGGAGGAUGAGACUCGCGAAGCAGUCGCGCAUCUGUGGAUGCAGACGUCGUAUGCGUUCAUCGGGCUAUACAAGGCGCGCCUUGCGCGGUACGCCGCGAACGCGAGCAGCAACGGCAAAAACACGAAUGCAAACACGAAUAACGCGAAUGCGAACAAUGCGAACACUGCUAACAACGGCAGCAAGAACACAGCGCCGACGGGGCACAUUGUGGAGACACGCAAGCUUCAGCAGCGGCUGCGGCAGUUUCUCGCUGAAGAGGAGCGGUUUUAUCGGGCGCUGGUGCAGCGGGUGCAGCGUGCGUACGGAGUCCCAGGCGAGCUGUUGCCCGGCGGAGAGGAUGAAGCGCCGGAAGGGGACAGGAUGAAUCAUUUUGGAUUCCCAGGGGGCGGAGUUGGUGGAGAGGGCGAUGAGGAAGAGAAGAGCGACGGAGAGAUAUCCAGCCCCUUUGUGGCUGUGGGGCAGCGGACGUUGAGCAAAUUGUUGAUUUGCCUUGGAGAUAUUGCGCGGUAUCGCGAACAGUACCGGCCUGUGACUGUUGCUGCUGCAGGGAAAGGCCGAGGGCAUGGUCGCCGGGCGAUGGAGCAGAGGAUGAACUUUUCGCGCGCAAGAGCGCUGUACUUUGCGGCGCACGGACUGAAUCCGGGAGAUGGGAAUGCAGCGAAUCAGUUGGCUAUUUUGGCUGGUUACGAAUCAGAUACGCUGGCUGCUGUCGGCUGGUAUCUGCGUGCAUUGUGUGUGGCCACCCCCUUCGAGACAGCAGCAGAGAAUCUGGCGGGUGUGCUGGCCAAAGCAUUGCCAAACGCAAUUUCUGCGGCGAAUAGCAUCGGAGGCGAUGGCGAUGGACCCCCGAAAGUGCGGAUCGACCGGUUCCGGCGCGAGGUGGUGUUUCUACAUGCGCUGUGGAGCAACGACUGUCCACCGGGAACGGAAGCACUCGCGAACCAUUUGACAGCGAGUUUCGGGCGGCUCGUUGCGGCCCGUGCUCUCCCGGAGGAAAUGAUAGUACGUGUCGGGGUGAUGGCGCAGGGUGCGGUGUGGCGGUGUCGCCCCGACGAAGCGACUGCGCAGCUGACACAUGUUUUUGCGCUGCAUACGGCUCUGUUGAACGUCGGGGCGAAGGAACUGGCCGAAGUUGAUCCUCAUGUUGCGUCCGGGUCUCUCGCGGAACGGAUCAGCGCUGAAUUCCGGCGGACUUUGCCUGCGUUGCGGGUGAGCUCGAAGUGGAUACUUGCGAAUUGGAGCUGGGUGCGCGGUUGUGUGAAAGACCUGGAGAUGUUCUGGAGCGCAUAUGCUCUGUUCAUCAGGCUUCUGGGGCGAACGUUUCCGGUGGCGAUGCUGCCUGUUGAAGAGGAGAUGGAGCUGGAGGAGGACAUGGAUAUGCGUGCGUGGUUGCCGCUGGGUGGAUUGAUGGGCGUCUUCAACAGCAACAAAUACAAGACGCCUCCGGAGCAAGUGCAUCCCAAUGUGGAGCAACUCAUGCGCAUCGCAGAUUUGCUCAGAGAUGGGAAAAAGGUCGUGGAAAUGGAGAACUCGCCCCUCGCAGUGUAUGGUCGACAGGUUGUCGUGGGUUUAGACGGCCCUACGUCGGCAACCGCGCACGAGGAAGACCUCGCUUCUGAAACCACGGACGACACCAGCACUGCCCUUUUGGAUGAGGCAUUUUCUUUCUUGCAAGCGGAACCGCAGGACGAGGAUGAGGAGGACGAGAUCGUCUGGGACAUCCGCACCAAGGACGUUCCCGUCGCUGCAAAGCCGAUGGCGCCCAUUGGAACACCUGCGAGAACCGGGGUUCAGUUGCCAAGUGCGGACCCUCCACCGAGAGUACUUCCUGCGGCACAAACACAAAACCACACGCUCUCCCCAUACCGUAUCCCAGCGCAAGCGCCUGUUUCUGUUCCCGGCCCCGCUCUUCCAAUGCCCAGCCCGAUUGCGCCCCCUCAGGACAAAAUUGUGAACCCGACGACUGCCGAAGACCUGCUCAAGGGUUUUCUUGCCAGGGGCUCUGGGGCCGGGUCUGUCAGAGCUUCGGCAGCCAGCGGCAUUGGGCUCGGAUCGAGCGCGUCACCAGCGCCAGCAUCGAUCUGGGCGGCUUCGAGGGCCGAGCAAGUGUCCCUGUCGCUGGGCAGUCCGAUGCCGUACGGAUCGCCGCGGUAUCCCAGCGCAGCCAGCGCCUAUCCCCAGCAGCAGCUGCAGCACCAAAGAUUCGGCUCGCAGGGCACAAUCUGGGCGGAGCCUCCCCUGGCUCAUCAGAGGACUGUCUCCGGGAAUCAUGCGAUGUAUGGUACCUUGGGCUCAGGUAGUGGCGUGGGCGUUGCUGGUCAGACAUUGUAUGCGACGGGCCCUGGUGCUGCAUUUGCGAUGAGUGCGAAUCCGGGGUUGGCUCACACGCGACUACCGUCGACGUCGACCCUCGGCUUCCAGGGUCAGAUACCGGUCCAUCAGCAGCAGCAGUACCAGGGGUGGGGGAAUCUUGGUGGUUAGCUGCUAGUGAGAACGCACGGAGUCAAACCGAGCGCAGCUUGGUCUGCAGGUGUUAUAGACUGCAAUUGGCUUCAGCACAGGCGACUGCGCAAGCGAACAGAAAUGGAACCCAUACAGGAACGAGGGUGGCGGGCCCUCGUCAGGUUGAAGCUCGUCCUUCGUGAACUUUGACGUCUAUUGUUCCUCAAUAUGAUGCUGUAUUCAAACGUGCUUACAGACGAAUGAAAUGCCUCCAGAGAUAUUAUUUUACUAGUAGCACUUCUCGGUACUAGGUGACAUUUUCAUGGACCGGAUAGGAUGGAU